AUGCCAAAAAUGUACAAAUGCAUGCAAAAUGGCUCUGUUUUUUGUUUGGAAGACAUCAUCAAACAGUUCAUUUACAGCGGGAUCGCUCGUCAAAUUAACGUUUUUCCCUGCAAAAGUAUUUUCACCCCUCGCAAUCGUGCCUUUUAUGUUUCUCAGUUGUUGUUUUUUGACUUCUAUGUUCGACAUAAAAGCGUAGUCUAUGUUGUCAUUGACACGAUGGGUAUCUUUUUGCUGCCUGUUGGGUGCACGCUAUCUGAAGGGGCCUCGGCUACGUCAACGAUGACAAAAGUAAGCGUUUUGUCGCAGUUAAACUGGUGUAUCCGUCCAACAGUUUUGCUCAUGGUAAAAGACGAUGACUGGACUUUUCUCUUCUUGCAUUCGCUGUGUCGUUUGUUUCCUUUUUUUUUCGGUCUUCCUAAUUAUUGCAUGCCAUUACUAUUGUGCAACACAGGUUUUUCUAUAUGUUUAAGUAUUCCCCAUCUUUUCAGUACCAGAAUUUCAUUUCUUAUUUGGUUGCGUGUUUUGGAUCGUAGGUAUUCGUCGAGGCAUUUUUCUGUUUACAAGUUUGUAGCCUCUAAGAAAAGAAGUGAAAUAAUAUCAGGUCACGCGUUUUUUUUUUUUUGCGGAGUUCCUUUAUGCAUAUGUGUAUGUAUGUGUGUGUACCUAUCAGAAAAGAAGCGUGUUGCUCUCUUUCCUGAUAACAGUCGCCGUUACAUUAGUGAAUUGUGA